AUGAGUUCAAUCCGCUCUGGUAUGAUGGAUGGAACUGAAAGAAGUGUAGUCUCCGGCGUUAAUGAAAUGGAUUUUACACCCUCCUGCAGUGUGGAUGAUAGUCUAGAUAGAAACAGCAGCUGUAGUAGUGUUCGAAUGGAUUAUCAAAGAUUAAUGAAUGAUCACGAGCGACGAGCGGCUAUACUCGAACAAUAUCGUCUCCUCGUAGAGAGAAGACAACAACAACAAGAAGAACAACAAAAACAAGAACAAGAACAACAACAAGAAGAAGAUCGUGAUUCCAGUCUACGGAAAGGGAGAGAAGAACACAAAUAUGGUCAAUUAACACAACAGGAGGAAAAAUAUUUACAACCCCGCAGUCAUUCCUCAAGGAUUGGUGACAGUGCUCUCAGUGAACGACGAAGUGUAAAUGAACGACGGGAGACGUCCGAUAGUAAACGUUCCAACCGUUCAUCUUCUACCACCACCACUGUUAUUGUGAAUACUACUACGAAUAUUAAUACUACCAAUAUUACCAAUAUAACAAAUACUAUGAAUACUAUUAAUACAACUAAUACUGCUAGUCCCACUGAUCCUACUCCUACUCCUACUACUAAUACUACUACUACUAAUACUACUGAUAGUGUGAGUGUUGCUGUUGCCGAUGCUGUUCAUAGUAGCACGGCGGGGUAUAGAACAAUACGCCGUGCGAAGAGUUCAUGGACGUGGACGCGGCCUCGCAAUGCCCUCACCUCCACAACGGCGAGCUCAGAAGCCAAACAACGACCAAAAGUAAACUCCGCCCCAAAUACACCUCGGCAAAACGAACAACAACAACAACAAAGCCGACAACGGGGACGAACCGUCACCACACGGCGAUCUCCAUCAUCGACGGGUCCCAUCUCAUCCAUGAGUCCAUCCUUCUGGCCAUCACGGGGCUCACAAGCUUCACACUCGUGUGAACCAACGGAGCCAACAUCUAAAUUAUCACUCAUGUCAACAUCAUCAACGCGUCCAUCACGCAGAGAACCUUUCAGUGAUUCAAAACGCCAUACAAAUGCGGAGCCUAUUCAUCAGGAAGAAUACACAUCUGGUGGUUUAACCACUACUCCAGGCACUAUGGAUACUGCUGCGGCGGGGUCUCCUCUAGUUGAUGUUUCUCCUCCUACUCCUACUCCUACUCCUACUCCCACUACUACGACGACUACUACUACUCCUGUUGCUCCUGUGGCUGGUAGUAGUAAAAUGGCGAAUGAAGGACACAAGACGAAUACGACUCGUCAAAGUCUCUCAUUAAACUGCUCCAUCUCAUCAUCUGAGCAAGGUGCGGUGGUGUCACCCAACCCUCAGAAUACCACCACACUGGAGAUUCCAACAGAGGAAGAUAAGGGAUACCAGGGACAAGAACCGUUGGAGUACAAUAAAGGACAGACCAAAUCCUUUUCCGUAAAUACAUUUAGAAGUGUUUCUGCAAGCACAACACCAGAGAAUCUCCAUUAUGCCUCAUAUACGCAACAGAGACAAGAUGAUAAAAAUCAGCAACAACAACAACAUCAACAAGAUCCAUCAUUUCCACAUCUCUCUGAUAGUAUGAUUCCCAUGAGAGAUUAUGGUGAAGAGUCUUCGUUCAUGACUUCCGUGACUGCUAACACCACCGAUAUAACAUCUCCACUUUUAUGGCGUUUUGCAAAUCAACGAGGAGAAGGUGGAGUUGUUAAUAAUACUACUAUUAAUACUAUUAAUAAUAAUAAUAAUAAUAAUAAUAAUAAUAAUAAUAAUAAUAAUAAUAAUAAUAAUCAUCAUCAUCAUCAUAAUUAUAAUCAUAAUCAUAAUAUAGAUGUGAAUACGUAUGAUACAUUGAUUACUCACCGUGAAAUGACCAGCUGUGAAAAACAUUUAGAAAGUCAUGGCCGAGAUUCGGAAUCUCGUUCGAGAACAAAGAAUACUUCCAGUAUGGGUAGGACCACAGCACCGAAAUUAAUUAUAAAUACCAUUUCCCAUAGUAUACACGACCAUGAUGAGCAUCAAAACAGAACUCUUGCGAGUUCCGCAUCGGGAGCUGAUCCAGCUGGGACGACAGAUGACGACAGAGCGGCCUGCAUUGCUACAGUGUCGGCAGUACUGCAAGGCAUUCUUGUGCAGCGACGUCGAGUGCUGCCGUGUUAUUACUGCGGUGAGGCGCAGCAACUCUCUGCAUAUCGUCUGCAUUUGGAUAUCUGCCGCACCCACACAGAGGCCCUUUACGCACGCUACGGUCUCAAUCCACUGAGGCUAGUGAUGAGUGAGCCGCAGCAGCCCAUUCCAACGGUGGAGGAUUCGGCAGCCGCGAGGGAGGUGUUUGCGCGGGCGUGUUAUCAAAGUGUGAAGGCCUCCGUCGUGCCGUGCCCGGCCUGCAGUGAAGUCUUUCGCAUUCAUGAUCUGCCAGAGCACCAUCUUGUCUGCGGUAGUCGUCGGGGAAGUCGCCAGCGCUCCAGGUAG